AUGCCGAUUCAACUACCACCCCAACCAGUACCUCCAACUCCGUACGCCGACGGUUCUCACUGGCGGCUCAGCCGGAGAUUCACCAAUUUCAUCCUGCAGAUUCACCAAUUGCAUCUUGUUUGUUUAAGAUCAACAAUGAGUUUGAACCUAACUGUGAUAGGACACCCUCUGUCUACUGCAUUCACUAAAGGUACACGUGUCAUCCCUCAAGUUCUGCUAGAAUUUUGGUACACGUGUAGAGUAGAGGGUAGUGCGGGGGACAUUGUGAAUGAUGGGGAAAACACGGUUAGAAUUACUCUCGAUUAUCUCAGAAAAAUUCUUAGGCUAUCUAUCCUACCAAAAUAUGAUCUAGAAGUCUCAAAAUCUCAAGCAAGUACAAGAUCACAUUCUGAGUUAGGCAAGUCAAAGGAUGAUGAUAAUGACAAAAAGGGGGAGAGCACAAAGAGAAGAAGAGAAUCAGAUGAUGAUCCUGAAGAAGGAGAAACUUGUUAUAAAAGGUACAAGAGAAGAAAGUGGAAGAUUAUAGAUGAUGCAUCAAACUUACAACUUGUUCAGAUUCAACCACCAGAUCCUACAAAAGAAGCCAUUUCACUUGAAACACCCCAAAUUGUGGUGAAUCAAGAUAUCAAAAAUAAAGCUAUCAAGAAUAAAUAUCCCUUGGAUCCCCAUAAAUGUAACCAGUGUGAGAGAAUUGAUAGAACUAUUGUUCAUUGCACCAAGUGUAAAAUAACGUUCUAUUGUAUCCUGUGCCUCAAGCAAUGGUAUCGUUACUUGUUGGAAGAAAAAAUAUUAGAAGCUUGCCCAUUUUGUUGUGGAAACUGCAAUUGCAACUCGUGUUUACAGAAAAACAUUGAGAUGCCAAACAUAGACUGGAAGGGUGAUGUGAAGUUGCAGCAUCUUAACUAUCUCAUCAACUUACUACUUCCGUUUGUAAAAGAAAUUCGUGAAGAACAAGAGGUGGAGAUAGUCGUGGAAGCGGGUGCUUGUGAAGAGAUACCAAACUCUUCAGUGGAAAUAGAGCGCUGCCUCGGGAGUAAAAGAGAUGGUAAUAUUAUUGAGUGUAGAGGAUACAGAGGAGAUACAAGGGAAACAGUUGGUGCUCUCUGGGACGUAUUUCGUAGAGAAGAUGUUAAAUCCUUAGAGAAGUAUCUAUUGAAGCAUUCAAAAGAAUUUCACAAGGGUUUUUCUGUUGUGAAAAAUUGUAAUCCUAUUCACGAUCAAACAUUUUACUUGACAUUGAAGCAUAAAAGGAAGCUAAAAGAUGAAUAUGGCAAUUUAAGCACGAUGUCAACUGAUGAGAAUAUCGAGAUAUGGAAGAUGAAGAAGCUUAUAAAAGCACUUGAAUCUGCAAGAGGCAACGGAAGCAACAUGAUUUCUCUUAUAAUCCCUCCAUGUGAUCAAAUUUCACGAGUCACCAAGAUGCUUAGUGAUGAAUUUGGAACUGCUUCCAACAUUAAGAGCAGGGUGAAUCGUCAGUCUGUAUUAGGUGAUACAACAUCUGCCCAACAGAGGCUCAAGCUCUACAACAAGUUACAUCCAAAUUUUUCUUAG